GGCGCCAAGUAACCGAGUGGAGAGAAGCACUCCAAUGCUUUUAGAGAGAGCGACUCACUGCUUAUGUUAUUUGCCAUUCAGCAAUCGCUACUCACUCCUUUUAGAGAGAGAAAGAGACUCCUGCUUCUGGAGAGCUUUACAGUGUUCAUCAAUGGAGGUAUCUGGAUUAUAGUGCACAUCUAUGACCGGAAUCCUUUAUUUACCUAAAUAAAAAACGUAGACACGUUCAAUUAUCCUUUGAUUUUUGACCCCCAGAUGUUCUCAUCUUUGCUUCAUCAUGCACCUAUCUCUGUUUUUCCUCUUAAGAUUUCCGCACAAAAAACCCAUUCCACUAAUAUUUCCUCUCAUUUCCUUCUUACUCCUUAUCCUUUUCAUCAGAAACUUUUAACUAAAUCAUGCAUUCUCCCUUCAUCUUGUUCUUCUAUUUCUUGUUUGGGUCCUGGUCCUAAUGGCUCUGAACAAUCAGAAUCUUCUGGUUCUACCGAUGAAUUUGUCCAUGAACUGGAUCGUCUUUUGGUGCUUUUGCCUGAGGAAAUAAGGAACAGUCUUGGCAAUCAUCAAGAGUUGCAGAAUUUAAUUGAGGUGGUAAUGGACUUGGGUCGAAGGCCCCUGGCUCGUUUCCCUUCUGGUGAUCUUGUUUUGUCAGAUCGAGCCAUCACUUAUGCGGACUUGAAGCAAGCAUCCUCUCUGGUUGGAGAUUUUGCUAAAGAUAAUCGUGCUGGCAUCAGUCGAACCUUGCACCGUAUUAGUGCCAUUCGAAACCGGAAGGGUGCAAUUGUUGGUUUGACUUGUCGAGUUGGCCGAGCAAUAUCAGGGAGUGCAAAUAUGAUACGGGACUUGGUUAAGGAUGGGGAUUCUUUAUUGCUCAUUGGGCCUCCAGGUGUGGGAAAAACCACAAUUAUUCGGGAAGUAGCUAGGAUAUUAGCUGAUGAUUACAAGAAACGUGUAAUCAUAGUUGAUACCUCAAAUGAGAUAGGUGGAGAUGGGGAUAUUCCUCAUGUUGGAAUUGGAGGUGCUCGACGAAUGCAAGUUCCAAAUGCUGAAAUGCAGCAUAAGGUACUGAUUGAAGCAGUUGAGAAUCAUAUGCCACAAGUAAUUGUAAUUGAUGAAAUUGGUACGAGACUUGAAGCAUUGGCUGCAAGUACAAUUGCACAGCGUGGAAUUCAGCUCGUUGGAAGUGCUCAUGGGGUGACCAUUGAGAACUUGACAAAGAAUCCUUCAUUGGAUAUUCUUGUUGGAGGAAUUCAGAGUGUUACUUUGGGGGAUGAAGAAGCAAGCAAGAGAGGGGUCCAAAAGACUGUACUGGAGAGGGGAGGACCCCCAACAUUUAGUUGUGCUGUGGAGAUAAUGUCAAAGACUGAAUUAAGAGUACAUCAUAGUUUAGAAGCAACAGUUGAUUCAAUUCUUGCAGGUAGGUAUCCUCAUUUUGAAACUCGAAGAGUAAGUCGUAGAGGGAUGCCAUGCGAACCACAUAAUGUACAAGAUGGCGUGUUUAGUGACCCUUCUUCCAAAAAAGUGGAUGAAUGCAUCAAAGAUGACUUUCAUGACAUUGAUGCUCAUGGCAGACUGCUCAAUAAAACUACAAAACAAAUCCAUUUUGAUGAUAUCAGGCCCAUUCGGUUAUACACAUUCGGAUUCUCAGGAACCAAUGUGAAACAAGCAGUCAAACUACUUGGAAUGGAGGACUUGAUUCAUUUGACAAAUGACAUAAGCAAGGCAAGUGCUGUGCUUGCUUCAAAUUACAAGUUCAAGAAGGGUUCACAAGUACAAGAAGAUGCAAAAUAUCAUAGGAUACCCAUUUUCCUGACUAAGACGAGCUCUUUGGCAGACCUCACCAGGGCAAUACAAGCAAUGUUCGGACAGCAGAAUUAUGUAACUGGUUCUGCUGUUGGAAAUGAUAAUAAAGAUGGACUUGUUGAUGAAUCCAGGGACAGAAGGGGUUCCUCUGAAGAAGUUGAUGCAUUAGAGGAGACAAGACUAGCAAUCGAAGAUGUUGUAAUUCCAAAAGGGCAGAUCGUAGAGCUUCUCCCAAGGUCACCUAACAUUAUAGCAUUGCAAAUGGACCUGAUCCAAAAUCACCAGCUGCAUUAUGAAAAAGUUGGUGAAGAUCCCAAUUUGAAACUCCGUAUCUUUCCAUAUUACAAUGCUGAGAAGAAAGAGCCUUACACUGUUACUGAAACAACUAAAACUGGCAUAGUGGAUGAGCCAUUCAGCCAUCAUCGCAGCAUGAAUUAUCCAGGUGAUAUUGUUACUAGAUUACCUCUUCUCUCCGACUAAACCAUUGUUGCUAAGCAGCAACAUAAUAAUUGUCAUAUAUAUGCGGUACAUUUAACUUUUUUAUUUGUCACUUCUGAUAUUGUUAAUAUCAUGCUCAUAUCCUUAUACAGUGUGUAUUGAUUGGCGAGUGCUUGUCAAUCACUUCUCUACACAGUGAAUAAGUUCUGACAUGGCCGAUAUUCCUGCUCCUUGGUCUAAUGAAGCUUGUAUUUGCAUGAAAAACCAAUGAGCUUGAUGCAAUUUGGUCUAAUGAAGCUUCCAUUUGCAUGAAAA